CCGAGACGCCAGAACAAUUCGUGCCGCGUGCGCGUUCGUGCAAAUCGCUGGCAAUAAACACAAUAAACGCCAACCACAAACUCGCAUUGCGAACCAACCAGAAGAAGUUAACGAGAGUAAAACCUAAAUAAAGAAUUUUAACUCAAACAAAUAUAAUAACCAAAACAAAAUAAACUGAAAAUGCUACGAGAGGUGCCACAAAAACGCACCGGUGUCAGCUCCAGCCGGCUAUGGAUGUUGCCGCUCCUGGGUCUAUGCGUCGCCAGCUUCAUCUUGCGCUGCGAUGCACGUGCGGUGAACGUGAGCAACACCUGGACAAUGCCACAGGAGGGUCUGAAUGUGUUCUAUCGAUUCUUUCGUGAUCGCAUCUCCUGGUUCGAGGCUGACGCCGUCUGCCAGUUUCAUCAUGCCAAUCUGGUGACAGUCGACAACAGUUUUCAAUUUGAUGCAACGCGCGACCUGCUGAGGGAAUUGGAUGUGAACGACAUCGUUUGGAUUGGACUCAUGCGACCGCAGAACUCGGAUCGUUUUAUGUGGUCCAACUCACGUCCUUUGGUGGUGGAUACCGGCUACUGGGCUGAGUCCCUUCCACUGAUGGAUGCUCCACUCUGUGCUGUUAUCGAUCCCAUACGCGAUUAUCGAUGGCACGCGUUGCGUUGUGGCGGCCCGGAGACGGCCUCGUUUCUUUGUGAAAUGCCUGUUCCUAGUUGGGCAGACGCAUGCAUACUGAAAGAGAUGCCCAAUCUGACCAUGCAGUACAUGGCCGAUACGGCAAGCAUCGAGUUGAUCAGGAACUGUCAGGAGGAGGGUCUGCUGCGACACACAUGUAGGGGCAAGGAGGAUCGUGAACGCGCCAUACGCGAGCUCAUCUGUCCCAAGGAGCGUUUGGAGGCACAGCGCAUCAACGACAUCACCAACUCGCACUUCAAGUCGCUGCAAAUCAUCAACAACAUACGCACCGACAACAAUGAGAACAACGACAUCGAACUGUUGCCGCUGGUGCCGAAUUAUGGUGCAAGUGCCCCUAAAAUCGAAGUGGCCACAUCUGCUCCAGCGCCCGUCGAACGCUUCAGCCUGGACAAGCUUAUGAUGGCGGAUGCGCCAGUGUCACUCUCCCGUUACCAUAUACUACCAGACGAGGUGCCAAUGCCGGUCAAGAAAUCAGCCAAAAAAGUGAAUAUCCAUGACGAGUAUGCCAAGAAGUUGUUGGCCCAGCACAAGACCCAGCAGGAACAGCAGCAUGAGCAGCAGGAGCAGCAGGAGCAGCUGAAGCGCAAGGUGACCGCCAAGCCGGUGUCCCACUUGGAUAUGAUGAUGGGCGAUCAGCCAGCGUUGAGUGACGAACAGCUGCCGGAGGAUGUCAGCGAUGCUGAUGUUUCCAAUGAAAUCUUUGAGCCGUUGCCUCACAAAAAGAAGAUAUUGCCUCAGGAUUUGAGGACCAUGUCGCCAAUACCUGAGGAAGUAGCAACAACAACAACAGCGGCGGCAACACCAGCAACAACAACAGUCGCCAGCAGCACGCAUGCGCCCGCAACAACAACGACAAAAGCAACGGCACCAAUAACGACCGCAACAACACGUGCAACAACUGAAAUUCACAUUGUUCGUGCAACAGCAACAGCAGCAACAGCCACAACAACAACAGCAACACGAGAAGCAGCAGCAACGGCAGCGGAAACGGAAGUGGAAACGGUAGCAGAUACAACAGUUGUUGCCGCAACCAGCAAACCCUUCAAUUCCUAUACCAGCAACAACAAGAACAACAACAACAACUACAACCCGGCACCGGCACCAACCACAGCAGCAAUAUCACCGGCAGCGUCGACGGUCAGUAUCGCACAUCCUAUACAUCCGGGACAGCAGCAGUCGCGGGACGAAAUGCCCCAUCCACACAUUAAGGAAACGGCGGACAACUCGCAUUUUAUUCCGCCAAUGCUUCUAGUCAAAUCACACUAUGUGCCGCCAACCAAACACGCUGAGCAUGCUGAGCACGGCGAGCAUAUCGAGCACGGGGAACAUAAGUUGCAGCACGUCGCCAAGAUAACAACAGUAGCAACAACAGCAACAGCAACAACACCAGCAGCUGCAACUGCAACUGCAACAACAAGUGCACAGGUGAAUGAGGAAACGUACACGUCGAGUCGACUCAAUGUUGCUGCUGUCGCUGCUGUGACAACAGCAACAGUGCCAGACACAACUGUAACUGCAAGAAAGCCAAGUGAAACACCAACACCAACAACAACAGCAUCAACAACAGCAGCAUCAGCAGGCACAACAAAGGAAACAACAACAACAACAACAGCAGCUGAAACAGCAACAAAAAUGCUGACCACUGAGGCAGCACAUCUGCUGGCAACGACCACAACAAAGCAGCCAACAACAUCUAAUGAAAACAGUUUAAAUGCAACCACAACAACAGCAACAGCAGCAACAGCAACAGCAACAGCAACAGCAACAGCAGCAACAGCAAAUGCUGAAAUGAAAGGCGAUGCCAAGUUGCGGCUGAUAAGUGAGAGUGGGCGUGGUGAGGAGACGCAGCUGGAGGAGCAGGAUGAUGAUGAAAUUGAUGCAACGGGCGCGACAACACGACGAAACUUCCUACAGGCGGAAACUGAGGCGCCAUUUAAGCCAAAUCGACGACGCUCUCUAACAAAACCGGAAACUGUUAGCUAUUUCAAGAAGAUCUUGGGCUAAACUGUAACUGAAGCGACUUUUACAGUUAACACACAUUUCCGAUAACCAAACGAUCCCAUCCUCCUUUCCCAUUUCCUCUCACUUUCUCUCUCUCCUUCUCUGUUCGCUCUCUCUCGCUCUCUCUCUCGCUCUACGUCGGUUGCUAGGUAAUUGGUCUACAAAAAAAUCAAAGCUGCAUUGCCAGUAAAUUGAAUCAGUUGAUGUUGCUCCCUGAUUCGACUUACAUUUGCAAUCAGAUUCACAUUCCUUAUCAUCAUCAUUAUCAUCAUCAUCAUCAUCAUUCUACGUAUCCAUACUCUGGCCAAAAGACCCGACCAUCGAAGCUUCAACCGGAAACUCAAGCUGUUAGUCAACGCCAAGCGGAAACGCAAAGCAGCCAAAGAAAACUCAAGCUAUUCAAGUGGCAGCAACAGCAACAACAGCAACAGCAACAACAGCAGCAGCAUGUUCUAUAUGAAAGCACCAAAUAUGUCAAUUUUUCAGCACAACCUACAAAGUAUCAUACACACACACACACCCACACAAAGAAACAGAGAUGAAAAAUUCUGUCAAAAUAUGCAUAAAAAUAGGAUGAAUAUAAAAAAAACAUAGGCAAAAUGUUGAAGAGAGUGGAGAGUGUUGUUGGAAUGGAGAGAGUAGAGAAUUGCCGAGGCCAAAUCUUAAGUAUGAUAAAUACAAAUAUGUGUUUACAGAGAUAGUAUGCUACAUACACACACACACACACACAAAAGUAGAGAGUCUGUUUCAAAUUUCGUUCAUCUUUACCUUUAUCCACAACAAUUGGCAGUUGUCAGUUGUCAGUGUUGGCAAUAAACACUUUGUUGGCCACAAUUCAAUCGCUGCACUCAAGUAGUCAAUAUUUAAUUUGCAUAUUUAUGAUUAUAAGUAGUCGAUCUAGCAUACAUAUAUGGUAUAUGUAUAGCAAAUACUAUUCAGUAUUAAACAUAAGUAUUAUUCGAUUUCAAACUUCAACUUCAACUUCCAUCACGACUUGAACUUCAACGGAAUUCGAAACAGGCUACGGUAUAGUUAUUGAUAAAUCGAUGUUUGCAAUUAUGAAAGAGAUCUUUUUUUUUUUUUGUGUCCAAAUAGUAAAUAUAAAUCUAUAUAUGUAUAUGUAUGUACUCGGAUGUAAGUGACUCGACACAGACAGGUUUGAAGGUUGGCAUCGUUAUUAAAACGUGCAGAACAGCAGGAUUUUGGUCAAGCGAUUGUAACGUACUUACUUAAGAUUAAGAUAAACAAAAAUCCCCAAACAACUUCGCAUGAAAUUUCCCAGUAAUUAAAAAGACACUUGACCUAGAAAAUUACGUACUCACAAAUGAAAAAUGAAUAAUGAAUGAAUGAUGGAAAGCAAGCAGAAAUUUCAGAGCAAAUAAUCAGUUUAAGUGUUUCGAAAAAUUCAGUAAUGAAAUAACA